UUUACACAUUUUCUAAAUAUGUGAUAAAAUAUUUAAUUAAUCCAAUUUAUAUGGUAUAAUGUAACACAUCUCGCGUGACGCAUACGGGAGCUAUGGAGGAUACUAUAACUAAGCGACUUGAAAAAGGGGCAUGGAAUUUGGGUAUGCGUGUUGUCUACAUCUUAGGGAAGUCAUGUUACGUCAACAGGGGAGAGGAACUGUUAAAAUGGGAUUUCACUCUUCCAUUUAUUAUAUCGCUACUUUUCCCUCUGAUUGUUUAUUUUCCAAGUGGUACUACUGAUGCCGAUUCCCGGAACAAAGCCUUUGCUCUGUUCUUUGCCUUCAUUUGGAUUAUGGGUUUGCUAUCUGCUGUUAAUGCCUGUUUAGUUGGUAUUUAUCUAGAUUAUUUGCCCGUUAUGUCUAUAUUGCUCUCUGAAAUGUUACCUAUUUGUAUAUCGGCAAUCGCAGCGAAGUUUGUACCAUUUUUCUUGAGGACCAUUCUAGUUACACUGGGAGUUGUUUAUUCCUUAAUUCUUGCCAAGAGAACUUUUGAUGGUCAUGUCGCUCAGGGCAGAUGGCUUAUGGUAUAUCAGCCAAUAGCAUUUCUGUACAUGACGACUGGUGUAUUGGUUUUAUUCAACAAUUAACU